AAGCACAAUGUAGAAAAGGACUUGGCUCGAGUACCCUCUGAAUUUGAAAUUACAUUGAAAAUAUUUAUGAACGCAUUUUUAAUUUCUUAAAUAUGCAUGAAAAUAAGUUCAAUGUUUUCGUGUGCCCUUGUGCAUAUGUGUGUGAUGACUACGAGGGGGGCUGUGGUUCCAGGAAGUAGUCAUCAUUCACAGCUAGUCGCUGUUACAAUUACAUUCGUCUGUUGUUCGGGGAUUGAUUACAAUUUAAAAAAGACGUUUAUUAAACCAGUGAACGUCUUAAUAGACGGUGCGUUUGGAUUUUUAGAGAAAAGCGGGCAGAGGCGGAACCAAACCCGGAAGCUAACUCCGAGGGAGGUAAGAUUUUGACAGCACACCCCGGAAGUAGGCUGAGAGAACAGGAAGAACAAAGAAGGGAAAGUACCCCAUACUCAAAAACCCCCGUUGAACCUAUUUAGUCUGUACACAACGCCCAAUUGGUUCUCCUCCGUUUGUUGACGGGCAAAAACAAAAACUCGGGUCCUGGUUUGCCGCGCAUGUGAGGACCUGUGUCGGCUCGUCGCAACAUGGCCAACAAUGAGCAAGACGUGGAAAACAACGUGAACCAACAGGAGGCCAACCGCAGCACUGAGCAGCACCAAGGUGAUGGGACCACCAGAGCUCGGUCCAGAGGCGGAUCGGGCGGUCUGGAGCAGAACGGCCAGGCCCCCUCCGCCAGGCCCGCCCCCCGCGUGGCGGAGGCCGACGAGGAGGACGACGAGGAGCUGACGCUGAAGUACGGCGCCAAGCACGUCAUCAUGCUCUUCGUCCCUGUGACGCUGUGCAUGGUCGUCGUCGUGGCGACCAUCAAGUCGGUCAGCUUCUACACGCAGAAUGACGGACAGAGGCUGAUCUACACGCCGUUCCCGGAGGACACGGACACGGUGGGCCAGCGGGCGCUGAACUCCAUCCUCAACGCCACCAUCAUGAUCACCGUCAUCAUCGUCAUGACGCUGGUGCUGGUGCUGCUCUACAAGUACCGCUGCUACCGGGUGAUCCAAGGUUGGCUCUUCAUCUCCUCCCUCCUCCUGCUCUUCUUCUUCUCUUACAUCUACCUCAAGGAGGUGUUCAAGACCUACAACGUGGCCAUGGACUACCUGACGCUGGCGGUCAUCGUGUGGAACUUCGGCGUGGUGGGCAUGAUUUGCAUCCACUGGAAGGGGCCGCUGCGUCUCCAGCAGGCCUACCUCAUCAUGAUCAGCGCGCUCAUGGCGCUGGUCUUCAUCAAGUACCUGCCCGAGUGGACCGCCUGGCUCAUACUCGCCGUCAUAUCCGUCUACGAUCUGUUGGCGGUGCUGUGUCCCAAAGGACCUCUGAGGAUCUUGGUGGAGACGGCCCAGGAGAGGAACGAGCCCAUUUUCCCCGCCCUCAUCUACUCAUCGACGAUGGUGUGGCUCGUCAACAUGGCCGACACGGACCCGGGGCCCAAGAGGAGCCCCGCUGAAGCGACCACGUCUCAGCCCGAGCCUCAAGGAGCGGCGGCGUCGCCGUCCAGUCUGUCGGGGGACGACGGCGGCUUCACGCCGUCCUGGGUGAGCCAACAGGAGCACCAGCUGGGGCCCAUGCAGUCCACCGAGGACACCCGGCGCGAGAUCCAGCAGAUGCCCUCGGACCGUCCGCCCGUUGAGGAGGACGACGAGGAGCGCGGCGUGAAACUGGGCCUGGGAGACUUCAUCUUCUACAGCAUGUUGGUGGGAAAAGCCUCGGCCGCCGCCAGCGGCGACUGGAACACCACUCUGGCCUGCUUCGUGGCCAUCCUCAUUGGCUUGUGUCUCACGCUGCUGUUGCUGGCCAUCUUCAAGAAGGCGCUGCCUGCUUUGCCCAUCUCCAUCUUCUUCGGCCUGGUCUUCUACUUUGCCACCGACAACCUGGUGCGCCCCUUCAUGGACCAGCUGGCGCUGUACCAGUUCUACAUUUAGUAGGCGCCCCCUUCCUUUUCCUGAUGGGGAAAAAAAACUCCCCCCGCGACAGGAUGGGAUGACUUGUUUUCUCCGGCUGAGAGGAGAGCGAGGGCGUUCAUCGAUAUUUUUUUUUUUUUUAACUUUUUUUUUUUUGUUUUUUUUUAAAUCCAACUCCUGUCUCAGGCACAGCAACGCAAAACUCUCAUCAACUCUCAGCGAGAAUUAUAAUUUUUUUUUCCCCACCUUUUUAAUUUAUGCCCGGACGGAGCCCUCCCGGUUCUUCGACUGCCGGGGACAGCCAGGUGCCUUGCUCAGGGACACCGGGAAGUCGCGUUCAAGGACGCGACCGCCGAGCUGCCCGCCUCGCUCCCGCCGGAGAACACCCCGAUCUUCGGUAGAAGAGUUCAAAUCCCACGCCCGCCCCCUCUCACAUUGCCUUUAAAAGCCGGCGUUUUGACACCUCGUACCCGAUCUCGCUGUUGUGUGUUAAAAUCAGCGCCGAGGGGACGAGGGUACAAAGUCGCACCCCGGGGAAUUUUCCAGUUUAGGAGGCGGUAGUGUUUGCGCUGUUAGAAGAAGUGGAAGGCCUCCUGCGUGAAAGGGUACCAAAAUGCAAUGCAAGGUUGUUGCUGUUCGGCUGCAUUUUUUUGGACAUUUUUCUGUGUGGCUGUAAAGCGACAUGGAAACGGGUAUUGGGUAGCAAUUUUGUUUUUAUUUUUUUGAAGUGUGCUCUAUCUAGGAAUCAAAAUGAAAAUAAAUUCCGUAUCUUGUGUUCCGGCUCCGAUGGGGGCAAUUUUGCGGGCUCUAGAUGUGGAGAAGGUGAUAGGCGGCGGCUAGCCGGAAUUUAUUCCAGAUCUUCUCUUCCGACUCCAGCGCGUCAGUUUUUCCCGGUUUUCUGCGCUAACGCAGUCAGGUGCUGUCGGCUUGAGCCGGGAGUUCCCUUACACACUACAGCGACACACCCCAGACCGUGAGACACGAAAGAAUUGAACAACUCGAAUAGGAAUAAUAAUAACUAGCGAGGACGUAUGACAUCAUGUCAAAUUUUCUCAUACAUUUUUUGUUUGUAUGUAUGUUUGUUUUUUGACAAACUGUUUGGGCUGACUUUGCUUUGUUUCGUGUCCUUUAACAUUUGUCUCAAACUGUGUCCACUUGUGUUUUUUAAAUAAACAAAAUGAAC